AUGAUCUACAUCUGGGCAUCAGCUGUAGCCAAAGUUUCCAUCGCCGUUGCACUGCUUCGAUUGACAGUCAAAAAAGUCCACCGCAUCAUCCUUUGGGUUACUAUUACCCUAACUACCGUCAUUGGUCUUGUCUUCUGGCUGGUACUCCUUCUGGACUGCCACCCGGUCUCAUAUUUCUGGACUCAAAUUAAGGGCGAUUCAACAGGCAGCUGUCUAUCAGUAGAUAUCUUGCUGGAUAUUGCAUAUCUUUAUAGUGCCAUCACAGUCGUGUGUGAUUUAACUCUUGGAAUCCUGCCAAUUUUCCUGGUUUGGCAACUACAGGUGAAUUGCAGAACUAAGGUGGCGGUUGGAGGGAUUCUAAGCUUAGGAGCUAUUCGCUGGGGCACAAUGGCCAUCCUUUCAACAACCUGCCAUGUUCGAUUCAUGGGGAAUGACAAUUAA